AUCGAUCACAGGCUGUGUGGGUGGUGCCUUGAGAGGACCGACCGGAUGCCUGUUUCCAUGCCGCGCGGAUACCGAAUUUUGGAAGCACGUGAAGCGUCAUCCUUUUCAUCCUCGCAUCCUUGACUACUUUGGCCUGUGUGGAUUUAGGGGAGUAGUAGAGGUAGGAUGUGUAUCAUAUGAUUGGGCAGUCAUCACUGCACUUAUAGAGAGAUGGCGUCCUGAGACGCACACCUUUCAUCUGCGUACGGGUGAGGCGACCAUCACAUUACAAGAUAUUGAGCUCAUGUUUGGCAUGGUUGUUGAUGGUUUGGGCUUGGGAGGGAAUUAUACCGAUGCAGCCACCACCCAGGGCCCUUCAGCCACACACGGCUCUUGCACGAAAGUGGACUCAUCGUAAAGCUCGUGAAAAUGAGGCACGUGUUGUGCUACCCAUAUGUAGGGAUGUAUUGGACAACCUAACAGAUGGUCAGUUUGUGUGGCAGCCUUAUUCAGAGGCCAUCAUUAAUGGACUCCCUGAGUGGUGUCGGCGUGGCCGAGUUAUUUGGAUGGCACAGGUUCUCCUUAUUUGUGGGAUCUAUCGAGAGUGGCACAUGGUAGACCGCGUUCUCAGACAUUUCGGUAGGAAGCAACAUAUUCCGGGACCAUGUGCUGAGAUUGAUCCUUCUCAUUACAAACGUGACAAGCGGUAUGCUAUAACAGUGGAGGAUCAAGAAAAUUUUGCACAAACGGACUUUUUGUGGGAAAAUCGUCGACAAAGGGUAAUUACGCCGAGUAUGAAACUCAAGACCCAGAGUCAUUAUCAGAGUAUUUUUGUUGGUAUCGACGUCACUCGCGCACUUUCAUAGGAAAUCCUGCGCAUAAUGUGGAUAGAGGAUACCAACACAUGUCAGUCAGGCAGGCAUGAGGCACUGGUACGUACAUUACAUUCCAUUAGAUGUUUGAUGUCUUUAUAUGUGUCUUAGACCACUAUCAAAUCUUGUAA